CCCAGCGGCCAUCCCACAACGGCUGCUGCUCUUUCCAGUGCACUCAAGGGGUGUAGGGCAUCGCGCUCAGCUCAGCUGCCUCCUGUCGCCAUGGAGACCACUGUGUUUUUGGCCGUCAGCUGUUUGUUGUUCAACUUCGCGGAACAGUCCAGGAUCCCGAGCUACAUCAAGGUGUGUAAAAGGAGUGACCCGAAACUGAAUGAUUGCAUCAUAAACUCCAUUGAAACUCUGCGGCCGUAUCUGCUGAAAGGAAUUCCCGACCUGGACGUGCCGUCCAUCGAGCCUCUGACUUUGCCCGAGAUCCUGGUGGCUCAGGGCGCUGGGAUCAAGGCCGUGGGGAAGAACAUCGACAUCUACGGCCCCGGGAGCUUCGUCAUCAGGAAGCUGAACGUGGAUUUGGAGAACUACCAGGUGGACAUCAGCGUAGACCUCCCGUACCUGACUUUCGAUGGGGCCUACGAGGUGAGCGGCAGGUUGCUGGUCCUGCCACUGAAGGGGAAAGGACCCGUGAAAGCCAACGCGACGGACUGUAAGGGAGACGUGGUGCUGUACGCUCAGCUGAUGAAAAAGGCGGACGGCAGCUACCUGCAGUUCAACAACAUCGACAUGAAAAUCACCAUCGGAGGCUACCACGUGCGUCUGGACAACCUGUUCAACGGCGACAAGUUUCUAGGUGAAGCGACCAAUGCCGCUUUGAAUGAGAACCCGAAGGAGCUGAUCGCGUACUUGAAGCCAAUUGUAGAGAAGACGGUCAAGGAUAUUAUCCAGAAGAUAGCGAACAAGAUCACACAGCAUUUCACUGUUCAGGAGCUGCUGCCUGACGACUAGCUCCAGGAGAGGCCGGAAGGUCAGGGGGAGUUGUCGUAGUCGCGUAAUGUAGAAAUUGUCUGCAGCUGUUGAGGGUGGACAGAUGCGGUUGCAAACUAGCUGACUGCUAUUUCCCAGUCAAAAUAUAACCCGUCCUUUAUGGAACACCAGGUGUUCGUUGCCGCAUUCACAUCGCUGGUCGGCUUCCGGUCAAACCAACGAAUACUCGUUCAACACCUCAGUAUUUCUCUGCUUUGUUUUUUAUCUUUGCUGCUUAGAAAUGUACGUCUGUGAAAAUGUUGCUGUUUUCAUUUUGUAAUGUUGUACAGACUGUGGACUGUAGUUUUGUGUACCCGAAAAAUAAAUUGAAGGACUACCAACCUAACACCUCUCACGUCAGUUCCUGACAAAUAUUUCCUGGCCACAUUUGUCCAUUAAGUAGGGAAAAUGUGCGUUUGUGGCCUUAAAAGGAGUUUCGUGAUUUUCUUAAUUCUCGCUGUUAAAUCUGUCAAACUGUUUCCUUUAAUUGGAUUUUAUUUAUUAAAUAUGUUAACUCAGAAGUGAACAACAAAGUUGGGCCGUGUCACCGUCUCCGCUCGCUGCUACGACGACUUUAACCAUAAGAGGGUUUUGAAGAAGUAAAUUACUCUGAUGCCUCUCGGGUAUGAAAAUUGCCCUCGAAAGUUAUAACAUUCACUCUGUUCCUGGAUUUUACAUGUUUUAGCAGCUAUUAUUUUGUAUUAGUAGUAAAAUAAAGUUCAUCUUUGUCGUUGUCCGUCAA